CACAUGUUAAUUUCUGAAAGAAUAAGUGAACCCAUUACUUCCCAGAUUUCACAGAAGCCACUUGCUUGGAGCAGACUACCAUGACGAGCCAGUCUCAGGGAAUCCACCAGCUUCUUCAGGCAGAAAAACGGGCCAAGGACAAGCUAGAGGAAGCCAAGAAGAGAAAAGGAAAGCGAUUGAAGCAAGCCAAGGAGGAAGCAAUGGUAGAAAUUGACCAGUACAGAAUGCAGAGAGAUAAGGAGUUUCGAUUAAUACAAUCUAAGAUAAUGGGCUCUCAGAGUAAUCUCUCAGAUGAAAUAGAAGAACAAACAUUAGGGAAGAUACAAGAACUUAAUGGACACUACAAUAAACAUAUGGAAAGUGUGAUGAACCAGCUCUUGAGUAUGGUCUGUGACAUGAAACCAGAAAUCCAUGUGAACUACAGAGCCACCAACUAAAUGUACAACAUAGUUUUCAAGAAAAAAAAAAAAAAAAAAGGUGUGUGAGUGCCACCUGGUUGCUUAUGGCUUCAUGUUUUUAUAUUAAGAAAUUUGAAAUGCGAACCUUAAAUUUACAUUUACAGGAAAUGUGACAUAACUCAUACAUCAGCACUGAAUUAAACAAAACAAAAUACCACUGUUGCUAUAUCUUUUCUAGUAAUAAUUAUGACCUUAUCAUUUAACUUGGAGUAAGUCAAGAAUGCAGAAGAGUAACACUUGAAAGAAAUACAUGGUCAUGACA